CCACCGAGUCCUCGGCAGCACCCGAUGAGGAGUGGGGUCAGCCCGGGGUUACGAGAUCGGACUGGGGCUCGGGAGUCUGGCUGGGGGCAGCGCCUCCUGCACGCUUUGCUUGGGCUCUUAAGAAGACCCGAACUCGAGUCUCUGCCACGCGGUUGCCCCGGGCUCGACAGUCGAAAUAAAGCUAGUUCCUAAGAGGUGGAUUUCCCUGUAGGAUCAACGACGGGGACGAAGUACGGUGUCGGAGGAGAAAUAGCGACCGAGGUCAUAGUAGGAUGGGAAAGCGGUUUCCGAGUCUGGAAGCCCAAGGCCCCUCCCGCCUGCGCGUCCUGGGGCCAGCCGUUCCUUAAGCUCUGCAGGUCGGGAGCCACCGUUUCUGCAUUGUGUAGUGGUCACUUGGUACCGAGCAGCAGGGUGGUUUCUGACCUGUGACCUUGAAAGGUGGUGAAUUCUCCUGUGUAAUCCUGGAUCCUGGGAGAAAUUAGCUUGAUUUGAGAGCAAUAAAGGGACGACUGUGCUUAUGAAGGAGUGGGCAGGGGAACCCGGAGUGAAGGCUCGGUACACCAAGCCUGGUAGCAGGAGGACCUCUCCCCUCUUUCAGGCCUGAAGAGGUGAAGGGAAUGAUUGGUUACCCAAGUACUUGAGUGGAGAGGGCACCUUGAAAGCUGUUGAUGCCUUGGUCGGGGUAGAAAUGCCAUAAAUUCUGUUUUCCUCCUUCCAAACCUCUGCUGGUGUCUCCUGUAAGGCAAACCCAACUGGGAGCCAGAGAGCCAAGAAACCGAAAAUGUAUUGUACUUCUGGGGUCACAGGACAGGGGUGAGAGGAAAGAGCAGGUUUGGAGGUGUUGAACCCAAAGAGAUUGGAGCACAUUCUCAUUUUGCAGAUGAAGAAAUAAGGUAACGAAUGAUGAGAUGAUUUGAUUAAAGUCACUCAUAACGGGAUUUGAAAUCUCAAAGGACCUGAGGACCAAAUGCCACACUGGGUGUGCCUUCAUUCAGUGGUGUGUAGUUGUGACUAACCUAGGCUACUCACUUCACCUUGCUGGGUGAGACAGUGAUACUUUUGUUAAGUUAUGCAAUAGUGACAUCCAUUGUUAUAGUUGGUCCCACUUGUCAUCUCAUCUGAUUGUUAAAGGAACCAGCUGGGGCAGGCAUGUGGCUAUGGCCUCUACUUUUUUUUUUUGUAAAUAAGCAUGGUGAAGCACAUUUGGUUUUAUUCAUUCAUCAAAUACAGUGACAUGGGGUGACAGACUGACUGUGUCCCUGUGCUUACUGAAAUAAUUGCCUUUCUGUGAGGUGGAGAAAUAGGAUCACUUGUUUCAGAAGGAAGGGGAAGUUGGAACCAGAGAAGUCUUUGGUGAAGCUACUUGGUUACAGGAAGGAAGAUGGGUCAGAGCAGAGGUCUCUUGGUACUGGUGCCCUGUGGUUCCUUCCCCACCUCAGCUCUCCGAGGGCGGCAAGGGGCUCAGAAGUGACCACACAAGAUGGGAUGUAGCAAGUGAUGGUGAAUUAGUCUUGGACCUAAUCCUCUCGUGCUGGGGUUUAGAAAUGGACUUUUCCAAUGUUUCUCAACCCUCUCCCACUUUAUUCUAAUCCUGUGCCCUCCUGGAGCCUCCAGUCCAGCUGUCACUGCCCUGAGGGUGAAGCCUAAUCAAUAACUUCCAAAUAGAGUUCUGAAAAACUCGGCCAGCCCUGUCGUGUUGCUGUCCAUCAACGUGUAUGACUACAACUGCCACGUGGACCUCAUCAGGCUGCUGCGCCUGGAGGGGGAACUUACCAAAGUGAGGGUGGCCCGCGAGAAGAUGAGCGAGAUCUUUCCCCUGACUGAAGAACUCUGGUUGGAGUGGCUGCAUGACGAGAUCAGCAUGGCCUUGGAUGGCCUGGACCGCGAGCACGUCUAUGAGCUCUUUGAGAAAGCUGUGAAGGACUACAUCUGUCCUAACAUUUGGCUGGAGUAUGGUCAGUACUCCGUUGGUGGGAUUGGUCAGAAAGGUGGCCUUGAGAAGGUCCGCUCUGUGUUUGAAAGGGCUCUCUCAUCUGUCGGUUUGCACAUGACCAAAGGACUGGCCAUCUGGGAGGCCUACCGAGAGUUUGAAAGUGCCAUUGUGGAAGCUGCUCGGCCCAUGGCUGGCUUCCUUUCCCCUUUUGACCGGGAACAAACCUUUGAUUCACAGCUUGAGAAAGUCCACAGUCUUUUCCGGCGACAGCUGGCGAUCCCCCUCUACGAUAUGGAGGCCACAUUCGCCGAGUAUGAAGAAUGGUCAGAAGACCCAAUACCAGAGUCGGUAGUUCAGAGCUAUAACAAGGCGCUGCAGCAGUUGGAGAAGUACAAGCCCUAUGAAGAAGCCCUGCUGCAAGCAGAGGCACCGAGGUUGGCAGAAUAUCAAGCGUACAUCGAUUUUGAGAUGAAGGUGGGCGACCCCGCUCGCAUUCAGUUGAUCUUUGAGCGGGCCCUUGUCGAGAACUGCCUCGUCCCAGACUUAUGGAUCCGUUACAGUCAGUACCUAGAUCGGCAACUGAAAGUGAAGGAUCUGGUUUUGUCUGUACACAGCCGUGCUGUUAGGAACUGCCCCUGGACUGUUGCCCUGUGGAGCCGCUACCUCCUGGCCAUGGAGAGGCAUGGAGUGGAGCAUCGAGUGAUUUCUGUGACCUUUGAGAAGGCUUUGAAUGCUGGCUUCAUCCAGGCCACCGAUUAUGUGGAGAUCUGGCAGGCGUACCUGGAUUACCUGAGGAGGAGGGUGGACUUCAAGCAAGACUCCAGCAAGGAGCUGGAGGAGCUGCGGUCGGCGUUCACGCGCGCUCUGGAGCACCUGCAGCAGGAGGUCGAGGAGCGGUUCAAUGAGAGUGGAGAUCCGAGCUGCGUGAUCAUGCAAAACUGGGCUAGGAUCGAGGCGCGACUGUGCAAUAACAUGCAGAAAGCUCGGGAACUCUGGGACAGCAUCAUGACCAAAGGAAAUGCCAAGUACGCCAACAUGUGGCUGGAGUACUACAACCUGGAAAGGGCGCACGGCGACACGCAGCAUUGCCGCAAGGCUCUGCACCGGGCCGUGCAGUGCACCAAUGACUACCCCGAGCACGUGUGUGAGGUGCUGCUCACCAUGGAGAGGAUGGAAGGUACUUUAGAAGACUGGGACAUAGCUGUUCAGAAAACUGAGACCCGGUUGGCGCGCGUGACCGAGCAGAGGGUGAAGGCUGCAGAGAAGGAGGCGGCUCUGGCGCAGCAGGAAGAGGAGAAGGCGGAGCAGCGCAAGAGGCUGCGAGCGGAGAAGAAAGCCUUGAGGAAGAAGCAGCAGCCAGGCGGCGGGGACAAGCGCAAGGCCGAGGAGGGCAAGGCGUGGGGCGAGGAUGGCGCAGAGCAGCCUUCCAAGCGAAGGAGGGUGGAGAACAGCGUGGCCCCGGCCGCGCCAGAGCCAGACGCGGGCCAGGAGAAGGGGCUCCCUGAGAAGCCUGCCCCCGUGGACAUCGGCCCCCCGUCCAAGCAGAAGGAGAAGGCCGCUGCCCUGAGGCGGGAGGUGCCCAAGGUGCUGCAUGACAGCAGCAAGGACAGCGUCACCGUCUUCGUCAGCAACCUGCCCUACAGCAUGGGGGAGCCCGCCGCCAAGCUCCGGCCACUCUUCGAGGCCUGCGGGGAGGUGGUGGAGAUCCGGCCCGUGUUCAGCAACCGCGGGGACUUUCGAGGCUACUGCUAUGUGGAGUUCAAAGAAGAGCAGUCUGCCCUGAAGGCCCUGGAGCUGGACCGGAAGAACAUGGAAGGGAGGCCGAUGUUCGUGUCCCCCUGUGUGGAUAAGAGCAAGAACCCCGAUUUCAAGGUGUUCCGGUACAGCACCGCCCUGGAGAAACACAAGCUCUUCAUCUCCGGCCUGCCCUUCUCCUGCACUAAAGAGGAACUGGAGGACAUCUGUAAGGCCCAUGGCACUGUGAAGGACCUCAGGCUGGUCACCAACCGGGCUGGCAAACCAAAGGGUCUGGCCUACGUGGAGUAUGAAAAUGAGUCCCAGGCUUCGCAGGCUGUGAUGAAGAUGGACGGCAUGACAGUCAAAGAGAAUGUCAUCAAAGUGGCCAUCAGUAACCCCCCUCAGAGGAAAGUUCCAGAGAAGCCAGAGGCCAGGAGAGCACCAGGUGGCCCCAUGGUGCCAAGGCAGAUAUAUGGAGCGCGGGGGAAGGGAAGGACCCAGCUUGCUCUGCUGCCGCGUGCCCUGCAACGCCCGGGUGCUGCUGCCGGUCAGGCCGAGAACGGCCCUGCCCCGCGCCCAGCAGUCCCCACCUCUGAGGCCGCUGAGGUGCCCAAGAUGUCCAAUGCUGAUUUUGCCAAGAUGCUUCUGAGAAAGUGAAAGCGACGCUGUGAAGGACAGGAAAUGCCUUACUUCCCACUGGUCAGGCAGCCCACCCAGCACCCAGCACCCAGCAGCGCCUGGGCCAAGGAGGGGCUGUGCACACCCCUGCGCCCCUGGACUCCGCGGGGUUCAGACGGGGAAGAGGCGCCCAGUGCUCCCUCACAUUGAGGGUAGUGGAGCAGGGCACGGCCCUCAGGGCACCUGUCCCUAUGGACUUUUGUGUCCUGAAGAAUGAGGAGCAGAAGUGACACUGGAACAUGGCUCUUGAGUCCCACUUGUCCCAAUGCUCCGGGCCACCUCUGGCCCUUUUUGUAAGACAUUUCUCUCCCAUCCUGCACAGCACACGUGCCCGUCACUUUUAAUUUUUAAAAGAUGAGAAACGGCAGAUGCUGGCGACUCACCAGAACGGCCUAUUUUAGUAAGGGGCGGGGGCGGGGGUCCCACACCCAGCACUUGGUGGGCUUUUGUUCACAGGGGUUGUUUUUUUCUAUUAUGUAUUUGUAAACCACACGUCGACUGUUGUUUUAUGUUUCCUAAAAGCAAAAUAUUUGCGACAUGUGUUUUCUAUAGGAAUCCCGCGUGGACCGUUUUCUUUGCUAGUGACUAGUCAUUCUGGGUCUAGAGAUUGGGGUUCAGCCCUUGGGUUUUGUUUAAAUACUUUAGUUCUCCCAGUUAGCUUUGUUGAUUAAACGGAGUUCUCUUGA